GAACUCGCCGAUGCUUCUUGUAACACUGAUUCCUACGCUUCGAUCAUGGAUGUGAUCGCUUAUCGGCUGGACAGGGGGGUGAAAAAACCGAGUUCAUGGAACAAGGUGUAUAACUCAUUGGUGGUUGUCGAGCACCUUAUCAUCUAUGGAGCCGGUCACAUACGGGAAGAUCUUCGGAAGAAAUACCUCACCAUGCUGGAAGUUUUCUCGAAAGAUUUUCGUUGUGUGGACAAGAGAGAUGGCACUGACAAUGGAUAUUCUGUUCGUGUAAAG